AUGUUUCAAAAGCCUCACCAUCAGCACCCACAAGGCUCGGAACAUGGAGUUGAGCUCUUUUCCGAAGCAGAGCGAUUUCAUGAGAAGGAGGAGGACGAUGAGGAUGCAUCAUCGGAUGGUAGUGGGAAGAGCAACACACAUGUGUGUUCUGGACCAAAAGUAAAGAUGGAAUUUAAUUAUUUGAAUGUUCAGUCAUCGAUUCCGUUAGAUGGAGAAUGUUGCUCCUUUUUGUGUGAGCAAUUCUUGCAUCAUGUAUUAUUUAUACGACAACAAAUUCCUUGCCUUUUUCCAAUAUUGGAAUCUAAAGUGAACAAUAUUUAUCAAAACAAAGAGGAGAGAAAAAGAAUUUCUUCAAAAGAUAAGAAACUAGUUAAAAUUUAUGAAGUGAUUACAGGAAUAAUUGAUAAUAUUAUUUCAAUUUUGCAACAAGAUCCAGAAAAUAAUAUUUUUGCCUUUGUUUUAGGAAAUGCCAUGACAAACCCAAAAGAAGUGUACAUUAUCAAAUUCAAUAACUCAGCAACGUGUCACAUGAAUUAUUCGGAUCCUAAAAAGCAUGUACAUAUGGUGAAUCUCUCAAAGAAAGUAAUUAGGAAUAUUAUUGGAGGAUGUUUUGACAUUUUCAUGUCUGAUUGCAAACCAUUACCAUUAUACUUUCUUGCUCGAUUGAAUUCAAAUUUUGGUAAAGAAAACGAAAACAGUGACGAAAUGAAUGAGCGUGAAUAUUCGCCAAAUCAUGCAAGUUAUAUUUCUAAGCCAAAUUUCAAAUUCGGGCUAAAGGUACCUUCUAACUUUAGAAAAUCCUUUAGACAGCACAAAAAAGAAGGUAUUCAAACUAUUGAUAUGAAAGUCUCAAAGUUAUUCAUUUUGGAACUAGGUGACCAUGAAAUGAAUAGCAUGGAAAUUUCUCAGUCGAAACAACAAAUUGCAAAUUUUCUCAAAUUUAACAUGACGUUUCAAACCAGCAAUCUAUCAAUGGAAUCACCUCAAAAAGUAGAAGACUCUGAAGAUGACCACUGCUGCUGGUUUCUUUUCAAAUAA